UGUCAAAACAAAGAGGUUUUCUUAGGUUAUAAUUAUAAUAAACAAAACAAUGUUAAGAAAAAUUAAAUUAUCAUAUUAUUAUUCUGUAUACGCUAACUUUUCUACAAAAGUCGAGAUCGAUGCUAGACUACGAGACAGAUUUGAAGCAAAAGAAUAUAAACCACGCGAUCAUCCUGGGCGAACUAAAGUUAAAAUCGCCACAAUACCACCCGACAUUCAAAGGGGUAUUAAAGUGAUAUUGGAAGAUACGGGUGCUAAAUCUCUUAUACAAGAAAGCGAGGACCUUUAUAACUACCUUCGCUCACGGAAAUUACCUCCUGAAGAGGGAGAAAUCAAUGAAAAAGCAGCAAAUAUUUAUAAGACAGUGUCGCAUAAAUUUUACUCGCAAUUGGCUAAAGAUAGAUCUGAAUUAUCCCAAGAAGAGAUAGAUACGUGCGAAAAGAAAAUUCAAACUUCAGUAUUUAAUGUUUUAAAGAAAAACGUGUACAGUUGGGCUAAUAUUUCCUAUGAUAAACCUACCUGUUUACAAUAUUUAAUAGCCAGAGCUGCUCCGGAAUAUGCUAUCCUAGUACGUAUAUUUGAUGAAAUACAUAGAAAACUACCUGAUUACAAGCCACGAAGUUUCUUUGACUUUGGUUCCGGUGUAGGCACUGGCACUUGGGCGGUAAACACAUAUUGGAAGGAACACAUUUUCGAAUACUUUUGUGUUGAUACAUCUGUACAUAUGAAUGAUUUAUCCCGUUUAAUACUAUGUGAGGGUAAAGAUAAUGUACCUUUACCAUUUAAAGCAUAUUUUCAAAGACAAUUUCUACCUGCAUCUACAGAUUUAAAGUAUAAUAUAGUAUUAUCUGCAUUUUCACUAUUUGAAAUGCCAAAUAUGAAGACAAGGUUAGAAACGAUACAGAAAUUAUGGAAUAAAACUGAAGACUUUCUAAUUAUCGUUGAACAGGGGACUAACGCUGGUUUUAAAAUUGUCAACGAAGCAAGAGAGUUUGUUUUGAAUGGUAAAAACGUUGAACAAAAAGGUUACGCAUUUGCACCUUGCCCGAAUGACAGUGUAUGUCCGAGAUACUUAGAACAUCAAACACCGUGCAACUUUUUAAUGAAAUAUGAAACGUUAAAAUUCCCUUCCAAAGUUGAAAUUCAAGCAGAUUUGUACACAUAUGUAAUAUUAAGGAAAGGUGAACGACCAACUGAUGAUCCACAAUGGCCUAGGAUUGUACGAGCUCCGAUAGUCCGUUCAAGACACACUGUUUGUAGGUUAUGUACCGCACAAGGGGAAUUGAAGGAAAUUAUCUUUUCCAAAGGCAAAUAUGAUUCUACAACUUACAGAUGUGCUAGAUCCAGUAAUUGGGGAGAUUUAUUACCAGUUAAAUAAAGUUAUCUUCUUAA